UAUCAAAAUCAGAAGAGAAGAGAGCUGCCCAAAUAUGGAGACCCUUUUGAGGGUUGUUGUUUGCUCCUCAUUCCCAGCAGCUCCUCUGUUCCCUCAUCGCCCUCUUUCCAGUAGAAACCCAUCUGUCUCUGCCCUCAGAACAACCACCCCAGCUCCUUUGAGUGAGGUUGCGAAUGAGGACGUGCUGCAGACGUUCUUUAAGGAAAGACGGUUGAAUGGAGACUUUGUGUCGAGACUUUCUGACGUCUUUUGGCAGAAGGAGUUUAAUAAUUUAGUUGAUGAUGAUGAUGAUGAUGAUGAUCGAGUUGGUGAGAGUGAUGAGACCGCUUCUCAAAUACAUGCAGAAGAGCAGGUUGUGAAUGAUGCUGGUGGGUUUUUAAAACUGUCAGGAACCAAUGAAUGGGUAUUAGGUGAUAGCUCUGCACCUAUUAAUAAAAAAGCCAUUGCUAAGGCGAUGCGGAAUGACAGUGAAAGAAGGAAGAAACUAAACUAUCUUCAGUAUGAAGCUCUACAGAGGGAACUAUUGCUUUUGUCUAUUAGUAUUGGAACUGCUUGUACCGGAUAUUGUUUAAUAAUACUGUCAUUCCAGGGUGCUAUCAGUUACGCGACUGGAGUUCUAUUCAGUUGCUUGUACCUUAAACUCUUGUACCAGCAUGUAGACAAUGUAUCUCGAGAAGCAGUCCCUCAGAUUUUCAGGCAGAAGAAGUCUAAGAAAAUUGGAAUAAGAACUCAGGAUCUGGAGGAUUCUCUAGAGAAACUGAUAAAGGGCUGUGGUAUGGCUCUUUCAUCCCCAAGGCUUGUGUUACCAGCAGCAAUUUAUGGGUUGUGGAUCCUGUCUCAUCAAUAUAUUUCCAGUGAUCUCUUUGAUUUUCAGCUUGCGCCAGCCAUGGUUGGGUUGUUUGUUUAUAAAGCUGCUGCUCUUGUUCAAGUCUAUAGAGAUAACAAAGACCUGCGAUUGAUAUGGCCUGAUGACCUUUAGGACUCUCAGUAAUUUUUGGUAUCUAGUAGGAGUGUGCAGUACCAGCUUCUGGUUAGAUUUUACAAGAGCUGGGUGUGCCUCAGAACUUUUCCUCACACAGUUAUACAAUCAGCGACCCUUUGAGAACACCAGCAUUGCCUAUUUGCAUGUAUGCUUGAGAUAUCCGGAUGACUAAAUUGAUGUACCAUGGUCUGAGCUAGUUAAAUUCUGUAAUUAUACCAAGGCAUAUACCUAUAUACUAGACAGCAGAAUCUGGACUGGAGAAUUGGCUCCUGCCACAAUUGCAACUUUGAUCUGAUUGCUUUCUGUCCUACAAAAUUUGGAAAAUCUCAUCUAUGAA